GUCUCCUUGGCGUAGCUCCAAUGGAAUCUGGAGGCUUUCAUGGAUACCGCAAGAUCACUAAUAACACUUCUCCAGUGUUGAAGCUAUCUUCUUCAGUAUCAGUAUCAGAGACCAUGAACAAUCACAACCACUCGUCGUCCUCGUCCACUGCGGCUGACGACAACGAAUGCAUCGUGAGGGAGCAAGACAGGUUUAUGCCGAUCGCCAACGUCAUCAGAAUCAUGCGCAAGAUCCUCCCUCCGCACGCAAAGAUCUCCGACGACGCCAAGGAGACCAUACAAGAGUGCGUGUCGGAGUACAUUAGCUUCAUCACCGGUGAGGCCAACGAGCGGUGCCAGAGGGAGCAGCGAAAGACGAUCACCGCCGAGGACGUGCUGUGGGCCAUGAGUAAGCUUGGGUUCGACGACUACAUCGAGCCCCUCACCAUGUACCUUCAUCGGUACCGCGAGAUGGAGGGUGACCGGGCCUCCAUGCGUGGCGAGCCACUCGGCAAGCGCACAGUGGAGCCACCGUAUGGGGCCACAGCGGCCUUGGGAGGUUUUGUGCCGCCGUUUCACGUUGCACAUCCCAAUGGGUACUUUGGAGCCAUUGGAGGGUAUAUGAGGGAGCAUGCGCAGAAUAAUAAUGGAGGGUCUUCAUCACAAGCUGAACCAAAUGGACAAUACAAGUGAACCUUGAAGGAGAUCGUCUAAUAAUGACGACGCUAGCCGGCGGCGAUUCUGGCGAUUAUAGUUGGUUGAUAAUGAUGAGGGAAAUCUAGGAAGAAUGAUGAUUGUGAUUAUGCAUGUGUUAAGGAAGAGGGGCUUGCCGGGUUUUCUUUUGUUUUUUUUUUCUUCUUCUUGUUUUUUUUUUUAUUUUUGGUUUUUUGCCUCUUUCUUUUUUUCUAAGCUUUUUUC